GGUGUAUUCAAAUUGGUUAGUGCGGUUCCGGUCCUGUCCUAACUUAUGGCCAGUCGAUUUGCACUCCGGCGCGAUUUGGUCUCUUGUUGUACCACAUGCGGCGGCGGCGGCGGCGGCUAACGACGGCACGACUAGACCUGAACCUUAACGUCAAUGGAGGAAUCGAUCCACGAUUCGGAGACCGCAUCCCACAGGCCUCCUUGAAUUGAACUCCGAUUGAGCCAACAACCGCCAUCCUCGUCCUUAUCUCCAUUUUGGUACAACAGACAGAGGUAUCCUUUCAUUUUAUAAGAAGCGUAAAUCUCAAAAUUUGGGAUAUCACAUAUGCAUCCUCAAUCUCAAUGUUUUUAUCAAAUAAUCUAUAUAAGUAUUAGCCUUGGAAUCAGGUUUAGGGUUUAUUGUCAAUUUCCAUGACUAUGAUGAAUCAGGGGUAAUUCUAAACAAGACAGAUAGAUAAUUUCCCUAAUUUUCUUAGCACUAUUAUGUCUAAUUAUGCCAAUUUAGGAACCUAACACAAACCCUGAUCUUUAAUCUUUUAGUCAAGACUCUGAGCUACCCUUGUGGAUUGCAAAGCUCUUAUUCUAGAUAUAAAUGUGGAAACCUGAAAACAUAUGAAAAAAUUAUCAUUGAAGAAUUGUUUAAGAAAGAAGGUCAUCAUCCACCAUAAAUGUAAAUGUGGAUUUUCAUAUUUCCACCUAGACAAUGAAUAACAUUUGAAGAUGAUUGGAUACUGACUGCAUCAUCAUCAUCCUACUAACCAUUAAUUUAAUCUCCUCCUCUAUACUUAAUAAUAAUAAUAUAUUAUGUUAAACUUCACCCCAUAAGGAUUGCAUUGCUGUUACUGUUACAUUAUUAUUUUGAUUCCUUCAAAUUCUUCACGUCAUUCACCAAUCUUACCUGACCCUUCAUUAUAAUCACUAGCUAAAAUGGAUUAAGAAGUCAACUCCCUCUUCUUCUUCUUUUUUCUUUCUUUCUUGUGUUCUUCUCUCUUCUUGAUCUGUGUAUCCAUCUAAGAUGGCAAUCAGAUGCUCGGUCUCAUCUCCUCUAUUAAUCAAGAGACCUUCUUUCACCAUUAAAACACCAGCCAAUAAGGUGGUGGUGGUGGUGAUUAAGAUGCAGAUGCUUACAGUUACACGCAGCCAAGCCUCUUUCUCUAAAUCAUCUCAAGUUCAGAUUAGAUCUUUCUCAUCUUGUACUACAAGAAGCAAGAUCUUUGAAGAUGAAUCCCAAGGUAUUGUCUGUUACAAAGAUGAACUGACCGGAGAGACAAUUUGCGAAGGAUGUGAUGAAGGUCCUCGUUGCUGCCCAACCGAAGACAUUAAUUCUCUUACACAAGAAUUUGAAAAGAGUGAUGUUAAGAAGAAAAAGAAGUUGAUUCAGAUUGUUGUUAAUGGCGACGCCUGUGGUGAAGGAGGGGGGAUAAUUACAAGGGAAUUUGAUUAUAAUACAGUUGUAAAUUGGAUGGAUUUCAAGUCCUUGCCUUGAUUUUAAAACAGAUAAUAAUAGUGAAGAAAUCUAUCUUCUUUCUUCUUUUGAUAGAAGAAAGAGAUCCCUCAAUAUCUCUCUAUCUAUACAAAUUGUUGCUAUUUUGGUCAGAAUUUUACUCUCUUCUCCUUACAGACUGAAAUAUACAAAGUUUCAGAAUGUUCACCAAACUCAAAUCUUGCCACU